AUGACGAUACCAAAUCCACUCCAUCUCCGGUGUGGAGGAGUGUUGGCCGCGCUCUUCUUCCUCGCCCCGUCCGUUCUCGCGCAUGGCGGCCACGAGCAGGUUCCUGAAGGCAGUGCCGUUUCGGAAGAUCCUAUUGACUCGACAUUAUGGAUUCACAUGAUUCUUAUGGGUCUCGCGUUUGGUAUCAUCUUUCCGCUGGGAAUGGUUUUGGGGAUUACUCGUUCUCGCUGGCAUGUCCCCCUCCAAGUCGUCGGAACGACCAUCGCCGUCCUGGCCUACUUCCUCGGACACGCUCAUAAAGGUCGCCAAUUUGCCAAGAAUGUACACGCCCCGUUCGCGAAUAUCCUAAUGCUCCAGCUUAUCGCGCAGGUCGUGCUGGGUGUCUACCUGAAGCUACACCUGUCUAAGGGAAUCCACGGCCGGAUCCGUCGGUUUAUUGUCAUCCUACACGGUAUACUCGGAAAGGCGAUGCCGGUUGUCAGUUGGGCUCAAAUGCUCUUUGGUGGAAUCACUGCGAUGGGCUUCUGUCGGGAUGACCACAUGGGACAGUGUCUUGCGCAUUUCAUCAUGGGAAGCGCUUUCAUCGCGUACGGAAUCUUGUUGACUCUUCUUCUCCUCGUUGGUCAAUACUGGUUGCGCCGCACCGGCCGCAGCCAGGAGUUCUUCGACUCCUUGGUAAUCGCCGCAUGGGGAUGUGUCAACACCUUUACUGAGCACCGCUGGGGAGGCCCUUGGGUGCAUAAUGACCUGCAGCACACCACUAUGGGCAUUGUCUGGUGGUGCGCCGGUCUACUUGGUGUCUGGCUGAGCAGGAAGCGCAACGGCGGGCCCAAGCGGAACAUCAUCCCUGGUAUUGUCAUUAUGUUGACCGGUUAUGCCAUGUCUGGUCACCCUCAGCACUCGAUGAUCAGCACUAUGAUUCACUCGUUCUUCGGCUACACGCUCAUGGCUGCUGGGGCUACGAGAAUUAUUGAGAUCGCGUUCGUGCUGAGGGAUCGCAGCACUCUUAGUGUGGAUGGUACCAAUCCUAACAGCUUCCAGUACCUGCCGCCUUUUCUUCUGUACGCUUCCGGGUUCCUUUUCAUGGGCGCCACCGAGGAGCAGAUGCAGCUGUUGGAGGACGCUGGAAUCACCCACGUCUCCUACAUUCUAAUUUUAUUCAGCAUCGCCUUUAUUCUCUUUCUCUUCGUGAACAUCCUUCUCCACAUUUACGCCGUCCACGCAUGGCCCGAAUCCACCAAAGCUCAACCCAAUGACGACGACAUCGACGCUGAAGACGGCGCACGCCCCAAGCCCUCCCGCGCGAACGGCCAUGCACGGUCGCCAUCCGAGGCACAGCACAUCCACGACGCAGAAGCUUUUGAGUUGCAGGGACUUAUCUCUGAUGAGGAGGAAGAGGCUAGGGCCGGCAGGCAUCAGAAGAACGAGGACGAGGAGCCUCAGACUUAA